UCGCCGGCGACGCCGCGCACCGGGCACGCGCCGCUUCGGAGCUGGGAAUCCACCCCGCGCGGUGACGUCACGGGGCUCUGACAAGCUGGUGGUGCCGGAAGAAAAGAUGGCGGAUCAUGAGGAGCAGCUAUCCGACGAGGAGAAGGUACGCAUAGCGGCUAACUUCGUCAUCCACGCCCCGCCAGGAGAGUUCAACGAAGUGUUCAACGAUGUGCGAUUGCUGCUCAACAAUGACAACCUCCUCCGGGAAGGUGCCGCGCAUGCAUUUGCACAGUACAACUUGGACCAGUUCACCCCCGUGAAGGUCGAGGGCUACGAAGAACAGGUCUUAAUCACAGAGCACGGCGACCUCGGGAACGGCCGCGUCCUGGACCCCAAGAACAAGAUCUCCUUCAAGUUCGACCACCUGAGGAAGGAGGCCAGCGACCCGCGGCCCCACGACGUCGACGGGUCCCUGGAGGGCUGGAGGGGCGCGGUGGACUCGGCCGUCCGGGCCUACGUCAAGGAGCACUACCCCAGUGGAGUCUGCACCAUUUACGGGAAAACCAUCGACGGGCAUCAAACCAUCAUCGUGUGCAUCGAGUGCCAUCAGUUUCAACCCAAAAACUUCUGGAACGGACGCUGGAGGUCAGAAUGGAAGUUCACCGUCUCCCCCUCCACCACUCAAGUGGCAGGAAUCAUGAAAAUCCAGGUCCAUUACUAUGAAGACGGCAACGUUCAGCUGGUGAGCCACAAAGAGGUCCAGGAGUCCAUGUCCAUUUCUAACGAGGCUUCAACCGCAAAGGAGUUUGUUAAGAUCAUGGAGGCUGCGGAGAACGACUAUCAGACGGCCAUCAACGAGAACUACCAGACCAUGUCGGACACUACCUUCAAAGCCUUACGCCGCCAGCUUCCUGUGACGCGCACCAAGAUCGACUGGAACAAGAUCCUGAGCUACAAGAUCGGCAAGGAGAUGCAGAACGCUUGAUACCGACGGAGAACAUAACAGACAACCCCCCCCCCCCCCCCCCCCCCCCCCAAAACAACGUUUGCAUGACUGGAUAGUUGUAUCGUCUUUGUACAGAAAUUAGAGAAUCUGAGACAAAGAGAGGUUUUGGUCUCACAGCCAGAUGUCACAUCACACAUUGGAUGUCUCCUUUUAUUGAUGUUAUUUUUGUUUUUAUAUACAGACACCCGUCAACUCGUCUGCAUAUCGAAUCUAUCACGGUAAAGACGAGCGUAUUUUCAGGGGGAAAGUGGAAACUUGAGGAAAAUAGUACAAGACAUAGGAAAAAAAAAAAGGGGGGGGGGGGCGAGCACUUGUAUGCAAAGACAUCCUUAUGAAAUACAAUAUCACGUGUGCAAUAUUUAUUGUGUCAGUGAGACCACGACUUUCUUUUUAUUUGACCCGCUGAUUUAGAAAAAAGAACCGGUUUAAAUUUGCGCCGAUUGGUGCGCUAUUAAAAAAAAAUUUAAAAAAAGAAUGGCUCCCUUCACUUCGCGGUUAACGUCCCAACCGGUCAACGAGAAGGAGAAGAAGAAGAAAAGCCCUCUUUGUGUUCAUUGAACGGUAUCUUUGGCACAAGCAGUCAGCCACUCGAUGUUCUCGUUCCUCUUUUAUUUUGGUACUUCCCUUCACCGUUCGUCCCGUUUUGUGUGUGAGAUCUCAAGCCCCGCCCCCUCCCCUUUUUAUUAUUUUUGACUCGACAUCGUCUGCACUCACUCAGCGCGGAGUCUCUGUGACCACUUAACACGCUUGAUUAACAACGUCAUCAGUCGCUAAGUAAUGUGCAUAAUGUCCAAUUUACAAUAAAAUACACCAAAAAAAACGUAUCACAUUCUCCUCCCCAGUGCUUAUUUUUAUUAAAAAAAGACAAAACAAACAGAACCUGACUGUAUUAUAUAACAAGGCACAUUGUAAUAUAUACCUGUAUGAAACAUCUGUCAAGUUUGGUGAUUUAUUUCCAUGAGAUUAAUUGUAACUCAGUCACAAUUAUGUUGCAUUAAAUGACAAAUUUUCUAUUUA